AUGGAAUUAAGUAUACCUGAAAUAAUUUGUAAAAAAAGAGAUGGAUUUGAACUUUCAGCUCAAGAAAUAGAAUUUUUUAUAAAUAAAGUGGUCAAUUGUACAAUAAAUGAUGCCCAAACAGGAGCUAUGCUCAUGGCCAUGUAUUUAAGAGAUUUAACAUUAAAAGAAACGAUUAAUUUAACUAAAAGUAUGAUCAACAGUGGAGAAAUAUUAAAAUUUAAAAAUUUUUCAAAAGAUAUUUUAAUAGACAAACAUAGCACGGGAGGAGUAGGUGAUAAAGUCAGUUUGAUACUCGCUCCAGCUUUAGCAGCUGUCGGUUUAAAAGUACCCAUGAUAUCUGGUCGUAGUUUAAAAUUUACCGGUGGAACCCUGGACAAAUUAGAGAGUAUUCCAAAUUUUCAAGUGUCUCUAACACCAGAAAAAAUGAACGAAUGUCUUAUGGAAGCUGGAUGUUUCAUCUGUGAAGCGUCUCGAGAUUUUGCACCCGCUGAUGCUUUAUUAUAUAAAUUAAGAGACAUAACAUCAACCGUUGACAAUCAUGGUUUAAUUGUGUCUUCAAUAUUAUCUAAAAAGGCUACAGAAGGUAUUGGAGAACUUUUGAUUGAUGUUAAAUUCGGGUCUGGAUCAUUUUCCAAAACAGAAGAAGAAGCAAGAAAAUUAGCUGAAACUUUGAUAAAUGUUGGAAAAGCCGUUAAUUUAAAUACGAAAGCGGUAAUUUCAGAAAUGAAUUCGCCAUUAGGCGAAUACGUUGGAAAUACAUUAGAAGUUAUAGAAUCAAUAAAAUGUUUAAAAAACGAAAUCGAAAACGAUUUACUCGAUUUGGUUUUAUUUUUAGGAGGAAUUAUUAUCAAAUCAAAAGGUUUGGUAAAAAGUUUGGAAGAUGGAAAAGAAAUGUUAUAUGAAACAAUCAAAGAUGGAAGAGCUUUAAAACAUUUUGAAAAAAUGCUCGUCUGUCAAGGUGUUUCUCAAAAAAAUGCAAUUCAAUUAUGUUCUGGAGAUUACUGGAACGUUUUAUCGAAAUCUAAAUAUACCACCAUAUUAAAAAGUCACAAAAAGGGUAUUAUUGAAAAAAUAGAACCUUUAAAUAUUGGAAAAGCAUGUUGGUUAUUGGGAGGAGGAAGAAGAACAAAAAUAAAUUUACCAAUUGAUUAUUCAACCGGUGUAAUUUUUUUAAAAACCGUUGGAUCUAAUAUUGAUAAUAACGAACCUUGGAUACAAAUUCAUCAUUCAACUCAAAUUUUACCAAAAGAAAUAAAAGAUUUAAUUGAAAAAAGUUUAAUUAUAACGGUUGAUUCAACGAAAAUUAAAAAAAAAAUUUCCAUGUCUUUAAUUAUUUAA